AUGUCGGAAGAUGAAAUUGUUGAAGACAUUUCAAGUAUUGUAUUAGACACUGGUAUCAAUAUGAAUUCAUCAAAAAGUGAAUUAACAAAUGUUCACUCAUCUUAUCCACAAAUACUUGGCUACGGUGGUUCAUCCAGUUGGAGAAAUGAAAAUAAUUAUGUGAACAGUUUGCCAUUUUAUCCCUAUGAUCCAAAUACGUCAUUGCAUAUGAAGCAGUCCUAUUCGGCAUUAGCAGCAGCAGCGGCAGCAGCAGCCGUCAACUCAGAAAAAUCCAAAUUAGAACCGUAUAUACCAAAUAAUACGAAUCAUCACAUACAACAACAUCAUUUCUUCCAUCAAACUCAUCAACCUGGUGGAUCAGCAACAUCCAUUCCUCAUUCUCAUCAUAUUCCAUCAAAAUCCUACAACACAAUGGCUGUAAACCCGUAUUCAUCAUCCAAAAAUAUACCUCAUAAUUCAAAGAAAAAUUCCGAGCACUUAUUAACACAGAGUCGUGAAUGGAACAGCGAAGAUUCAAAAGAUGAGGAUGAUGAUCAAGAUACGAGUGAAAGUGUCUAUAUGGCGGGUACAAGUGGUGAAAUGGUGACAAGUACUCUAAUAAAAGAUGGACAUGUGGAAAAUUCUACAAAUAACAAUAGUUCGUCAUCAUCAUGUUCAAACACGAAUAAUGAUAAAACAACAAACGCAGACACUACUACCGGCACUAAUAAAAAACGUAAACGACGUAUAUUAUUUUCGAAACAACAAAUAGCUUCAUUAGAACAUCGUUUUCGUGAACAACGUUAUUUAUCUGCACCCGAAAGAGAUAUAUUAGCAAAACAUAUUAAUUUAUCAGCGAAUCAAGUUAAAAUAUGGUUUCAAAAUCAUCGAUAUAAACUAAAACGAACAAAACAACAAGAUAAUCAUAAUUCAAAAACAUAUCAAGAUAUGUUUGAUUCGACUCAAAAUUCAAAUGGACCACCACGUCGAGUGCCUGUUCCAUUGCUUGUUCAAGAUGGAAAAAUAUGUUCAGGUAGCUCACUUUAUGGUUGUGGCAUGCCUUCUUCGCCAUCAUCAACAGCCUAUAGUCCUCAUUCACGAACAGACACAUUACCAAAUAUUAAUUCUUUAAAUUCAGCCGGUUUUGAUUUUACCUAUAAUACUGCUUACAGUGCUUAUAUGUCAUCGAUAGGUAAUCAUCAAUAUCCACCAUCGCAUUUUCCGAACUUUGGAUCAACAAAUUAUGGCUGCGGUACUUGGUCAGGUGCAUGGCCAUAA